AUGUCGCCAAUUGGAAUUCUUGGCAACCAACGCAGCUCAGCUGUCGCAAAUGAAAGGAUGAGGAUCCCAUUGGGUCAGUAUAUUUUUGAACGGAUUGUUUCAAGCGGCACGAGAACAAUAUUUGGUGUCCCAGGAGAUUUUAAUCUGUCUUUGUUGGAGCAUAUAUACAACCCAGAAGUCGCCCUGAAGGGAAUAAAAUGGAUCGGCACCUGUAAUGAGCUCAACGCGGCAUACGCAGCUGAUGGCUAUUCCCGCUAUACUAACAAAAUAGGUUGUUUAAUUACUACGCUUGGAGUUGGAGAGCUAUCUGCGCUUAAUGGGAUAGCUGGCGCUUUUGCAGAGGAUGUAAAGAUCCUCCAUAUUGUGGGAGUGGCCCCGUCACAGUUCUAUGAAGGCAGUGCGCAAAGCUCUCACAAUGUACACCAUCUCGUACCAGCUGUAUUCGACUCAAAUAUUCACGCGCCUAACCACCGUGUCUACCGUGAUAUGGUAGAUAAGCGUGUUUCAUGCUCCAGUUUAUUUUUGGAUGACAUUUCAAGCGCUUGUGAUCAGAUUGAUACUGUUAUUUCUGACAUCUAUCGUUACAGUAAGCCAGGAUAUAUCUUCAUUCCGGCAGACUUUACCGAUAAAUUAGUGGAUGCGCGUAACCUGGAAAAAAGACCUGCUAUUUUGCUCCGGGAUGUUGUGUCUGGCUUUUGCAUCAACGAUCAUAAAUGCCAGGAAUUGGCAGAAUACAUCUUGGAGUCGAUGUAUAGCAGCUCUAGACCGGCUAUAAUUGCCGACAUUCUCUGCGACCGGUAUGACCUCACUUCUUCAUUACGCGAGCUAGUGAAUAAAACGCACGUAUGGAAUUUUGCGUCCUCUAUGGGUAAGUCUAUUUUGGAUGAAAAUAAUCUUGGAUUUAGAGGUGUUUAUAAUGGAAGCGAGAGCCAGGAUCAAGUGCUUAAGGACUUUCAGACUUGUGACUUUUUGCUGCACGUUGGGGUGGUAAAGAAUGAAAUGAACACGGGCCAUUAUUCUUACAAAUUCUCCAACCACUCGAACAUUGUGGAACUGCAUCCCAGCUAUGUUAACUUCAUUGAUGCUGAUACUGGGAAAAACCGCUAUGUGACAGGGCAAUAUUUCUUCAAAGUUUUGGACAUGAUGACGCAAAUGAUCGAUCCAACAAAGCUACAUUUGGGAUAUCAAGAAAGCAUACCCAGCAGAACUCAAGAAUAUUGUGGCCCGCCACACUCUUCAGUUACACAUUCAUAUUUACAGACGCAUUUCCCAAAAUUUUUGAGCUCGGGUGAUGUUUUUGUUGUCGAUACAGGAUCGUUUCAGUUCGGAGUUCGAGACUAUAGGUUCCCCUCGGACCUGAAAUAUAUUUCACAAAGUUUCUACCUCUCGAUAGGCAUGGCUCUUCCUUGUGCUUUGGGAGUCGGCUUAGGCAUGCAAGAUUAUCCCUCGAAUCACAUUAUUAGUUCAGCAUUAGUGCAGAGAAAUUAUCAGCCUCGCUUGAUUCUUUGUGAAGGCGACGGCGCAGCUCAAAUGACAAUACAGGAGCUAACCUCGUUCUUGCGCUACAAAGUUCCAAUUGAUUUGUUCAUUUGGAAUAAUGGUGGUUACACGGUGGAAAGAGCAAUAAAAGGCCCAAACAGGCCGUAUAAUGACAUCAUGGCCUGGGAAUGGACCGAGCUUCUCCGCGUUUUUGGUGACCCAAAACUUGAAAAUUCAGUGAGCCAAAAGGUGAGUUCAGCUGAUCAAAUGUCUGAACUGCUUAAAACUUUUAGAAGCUCUGAUAAACGAAGUAAGCUUGUGAGGCUGGUGGAAGUCAUGUUAGGAGUUAUGGACUUUCCUGAACAGCUGAAGGCUAUGGCAAUUGCUUGUCGGCACUAG